GGAAUGUUACUCAUGCCAGAGAGAGAGUGGGAGAGAUUGUUUUCUGGCUGGAUGAUACCCAGCAGAGCUCCUCCUCCUCUUCCUCUGCUGGAGUAGAACUAUUUGGAAAUACUUUGUUUUCGGGAUUUUUGUCCGUCAAAGCUCAUCCGCAGGACAGAACGGACGGAGUCGGUGCGACAACCAACUCUGGGGUUUUUAUCCAGAGACAUCCCAGGCAACUCUGAACUUUAGCUCUUACUCGGCACCAUGUCCUCUGUGGGGGCAGGGCCAGCAGGUGAACCCAAGUUAAAUCGCCUUUUCACCUGGUUUGACCCUGAAACAGCUGCGGGGGUGACCAUCCUUUUAGGGCUGUACCAGGUGCUGCUGUCAGUCCCCUUGGCAUCUGCUGGCCUAUCAAUGCCCUCUAUCUUCAUUCUGCCACUCGUCACCGGAAUUUUGGUAGUUGCAGGAGGAUCAUUAACUGUGGCCAAUGAGAAGAACCCGAGCAGACUGCUGCUUCGGUUCUGUGUAUACAGUAACAUGGCCAGCCUGCUGGGGUCGACGGUGGCUCUCUGUCUGUACUGCUACAGCCUGAGCAAGCCUGAGACAGUUACAGCCUUCUGCCCCAUCCCUACCAUGUAUUUUGAGCACAGGCACCGGAGUUACAAGUGUCCUGGAGAAAUACUGGCGGCCUUUAACUGGAAUUUGAUCCUUUUGCUGCUAAUCUACGAUGCAGGAGCUGUGUUGAUGCACUGUGUCCUGUCUGUGUCUGCACUCAGAGCACUGAAAACAGCCUAACACACACACACACACACACACACACACACACACACACACACACACACACACACACACACACACACACACACACACACACACACACACACACACACACACACACACACUUCUUAAACUAUUCCUUCUUUCCUCCAAAUAUGGUCCUAUGGGCUCCAGAUUUACAACCAAUUGAUUGAUUUAAUACAAGAAUGAAUGGAUUUAACUACAAAUAAUCAAGCUUAUGAAGUGGAUUUGACAUGAAAACAGCCCAAGGGAUAACACGUGUAAAUAAUGUUGAUGUUGUUGUAUCAUAACUGCUAUGUACUGUAUGUGUCAUCCUCUGUUAGCAUAGAGCUUUUGAAUAAGUAUCAGUGUUAGCACAGUCAGAUCAAAAACAGUAAAUAUCAGUACUGAAAUAAAGCAGUAGGUUUAAUGUUAUUAAAAAAAGUUUGUCCACUAUUAAGGACUGAUGAUUUUUCAUUUCUAAAGUCCUGUGUCAUGAAGUGUCUUCAUAAAAUAAAGAUCUUUAAAAUAUA